GUGACCAUCUUCAAGUCGGACGGCAUCUUCGCGCUGGUGAAGCUGCUGUCGAGCAGCGUCGAGUCGGUGCUCUUCUACGCCAUCACCACGCUGCACAAUCUGCUGCUGCACCAGGAGGGCAGCAAGCAGGUGGUCCGGCAGGCGGGCGGCCUGCAGAAGAUGGUGCAGCUGCUCGCCCGGGACAACUACAAGUUCCUCGCCAUCGUCACCGACUGUCUGCAGAUUCUCGCCUACGGCAACCAGGAGGCGAAGCUGAUCAUCCUGGCGAGCGGCGGGCCGCAAGAGCUGGUGCGCAUCAUGCGCCAGCACACCUACGAGAAGCUGCUCUGGACUACGAGUCGCGUCCUCAAGGUGCUCUCCGUCUGCUCCAGCAACAAGCCCUCCAUUGUGCAGUACGGCGGCAUGCAGGCACUCGCCAACCACCUCACCCACCAGAGCCAGCGGCUGGUGCUCAACUGUCUGUGGACGCUGCGCAAUCUGUCCGAUGCGGCCACUCGAUGCGAACAGCUGGAGACGCUGCUCCAGAACCUCGUCCAGCUGCUGAACACCACUGACAUCAACAUCGUGACCUGUGCGGCAGGCAUCCUCUCCAAUCUGACUUGCAACAAUCAGAACAACAAGACCAUCGUCUGCAAUGUGGGCGGCAUUGAGGCGCUGGUGCGGACGAUCAUCCAGGCGGGCAACCACGAGGAGAUCACCGAGCCGGCGGUCUGCGCCCUCCGCCACCUCACCUCGCGGCACGCCGAGUCGGAGAUGGCGCAGAAUGCCGUCCGCCUGCACUACGGCCUGCCCGUCAUCGUCAAUCUGCUGAACCACCCCAGUCGGUGGCCGCUGAUCAAGGCCGGCGUCGGUCUGAUCCGCAACCUGGCGCUCUGCACGGCGAACCACGCGCCGCUGCGCGACCACCACGCCAUACCGCGCCUGGUGCAGCUGCUCAACAAGGCCUACCAGGAGAUCCGCAACCGAAACAGUCUGGCCUCCUCGGCCAAUGGUGGCGGCGCCGGCGGUGGCGCUGGUGCUGCCAACGGCGGUGCUGGCAGUCAGAGUGGCUCCGGCACUGCCCUCACCGACGGCGUGCGCAUGGACGAGAUCGUGGAGGGCACGGUGGGCGCGCUGCAGACGCUGGCGAAGGACCCGGAAAAUCGGGCGGUCAUUCGCCGGCAGAACGUCAUUCCCACCUUUGUGCAGCUGCUGUACAGCGACAUGGAGAACAUCCAACGUGUCGCCGUGGGAGUGCUCUGUGAGCUGGCCAGUGAUAAGGAGGGAGCCGAGAUGAUCGAGGCAGCGGACGCCACCUCGCCGCUGACACAGCUGAUGCAGUCGCGCAAUGACGGCAUCGUCACCUACGCUGCGGCGGUUCUCUUCCGCAUGUCCGGUGAGAAGUCGCCCGAGUACAAGAAGCGCCUCUCAAUGGAGCUAGGAACGGUCUUCCGCGAUGAUGGCACUGGAAUGGGCGCCGGCGUCGGCUGGGGCGUGAACGGUCCCAACCUCGACCUGGUCGACAUGAACGGUCUCAUGGGCGGCGAUGAAAUGGCCGCCUUUGGGGAUCCCAUGUACGCCCACCACGGCCCACCACAGGGCACCCACCAGGGGCCGCCUAGUGUGGCCUCCUCGGUGCGCAACCCAUAUCACCACCAGCAGCCAUUCGAUGCUCAGAUGAUGGACACAAUGGUUAACCACGGUGGAUACGGUCACACUGGCAUGCAGGGACCAAUGGACGUGCCGAUGGACAUUGGCGAUGGCAUGGCCUUUGAGUCGAAUGCAGCCAUGCAGCAGGGCGGCAACCCGCAAGCGCAACAAGGUCAACAGGGACAAGGAAUGGGACAGGGCCAGAUGGGCAAUUG